AUGAGGCUUCAAAGAGUAAAUAUCUCAACUUCCUCUGCCGAAAUUCUCCGAUUCUGUAUUCACCUACUGCUGUCGCUGUUUCUGCUGCCACUCCUUGCCAUCAGUACCCCCGGUACCUUUGAAAGAGAAGACCUCUCUGUUAAGUUUUCCCUGGGCGACGAAACGCCGGCGAGUUUUUUCAUCGGAAAUAUCCUUAAACAGACAUCUCGACUAGACUUUCGUCCCAGCACCGCUAGUGUUACUGCCACCACCAAAAACCUAAAGAUGCGCGCUACUCUGCUAGACACCACAAGAGGUCUGGCCUCUCGUCUAUUGCAUCUCAGUGAUAUGGGCGACCUUUACACCAUCAAUACUAUUGACAGGGAUGAUGUAACGAGUAUCUGUGGGCCUCUGGAAUGUUGUGCACAGCCCCAAUGCAAUCUGACAUUUACAGCUGUCUUUAUGCACGUCGAAAGUCCCGACGACCCUAUCACAGUGGCUGUGAAUGUGCAGCUGAUUGAUACUAAUGACAAUCCACCCACUUUCCAGGACCAACAGUUUUCUAUAACAAUUCCAGAGACAACAUCACUGGAUUUGGCCAAAGGCCAAACUGGUAUAAAUGGUGAGUACAGCUUGCCAAGAGCUUUCGACAAGGAUUCGAUGGCAAAUGGAGUGAAAAAGUACUAUCUAGAGGGACACUCCGACUACUUUACCCUUACUUCACCAGAACACGAGUGUUAUCCUUGUUUAAAGGUGAGCAGUGUAGUACUGCUGGAUUAUGAAAACCCGAAACAUCGCCGAUUCACUCUCGAAUUGGUAGCCAUUGACGGCGGCACAAUUCCAAAAUCGGGUUCUGUUAUUAUAAAUAUCUUUCUGGCGGAUCUCAAUGACAAUGCUCCGGUUUUUGCUCAACCAAGUGAAGUGAUUCGAGUGAGAGAGAAUCAUACCUACAAUCAAGCAAUCUACACAAUUCGAGCAACAGAUGCCGACUAUGGUGCCAACGGGAGGGUGCGAUAUCAAUUCAAAACACAACAUUCCACAUUAAAGCAAAAGACCUUUGUUCUCAAUCCAGACACGGGUGAACUCUUUAUGGAAUCAGCGUUGGAUUAUGAAAAGUUUUCGGAACGAAAAAUUGUACUCGAAAUUCUCGCAUAUGACGACGGUCGGCCUGCACUAACAUCAUCAUUCUCAUUGACUGUUGUGGUGAUCGAUGUAAAUGAUAAUUCGCCAGAAGUUGUGGUCCAACAGAAUCACACAAUCAUAGAGAAUGGUGAAGCAAAUAUGCCAGCGCUGCAGCUGUUGAUUACAGAUGUUGAUGAGGUGAGCCAAGGUAUGAUUGAAUGCUACCUGGAGAACCAUGAACGUCUUCCUCUACGUCUGGAAGGCCAGACAUUUCUGACCGUAUGGACGACACGACAAUUAGACUACGAAAAGACAGCCUUCUUGGAUUUCAAUCUCGUCUGCCUGGACAAUGCAGAUCCACCGCGGAAUACGACUCUACCACUGACGAUAAAAGUUGGAAACUUGAAUGACAACCCUCCCGUAUUUUAUUCAUCACAAAAAACCCCGAUAAGUUUAAUUGAACUGACACUGAAUGAAAAUGAGAGGAUUUUGCGGCCUGUGUAUCUGCCAACCGUAGCUGACGUCGAUGGUAGUUCAGUAAGUUUCAGCAUGAUUUCCAAGGAAAAGGACAGUCCUUUUACCGUGAAAUCUGAUAGCGGUGCAAUUUACCUAAAAUCACCUCUCGAUUAUGAAACCUCCAAGUAUCACGAAUUUGAAAUUCUAGCCAUGGAUGUUCCUGAGGCAGGCUCUAAUGAACCGGCCCUCACGUCCUCAGUAAAAGUCCAUGUAAAAGUCAAGGAUGUGAACGAUAAUGCGCCGGAACUAAAGAGCUCCUCCAUAAUUCCGGUAAAGCCCGAUGUACCAGCUGGAUAUAUGGUUUCGCAACUAACAUUUAAAGAUGCAGAUGGUGAUGGACAACAAGAGGUAUCAACUAAACUCAUUGCACAGGAGACCUUUCCGAAACUCAAGAGGAAAAGGUAUUUCGCACUAAAGGAAAAUGGCGCCCUUAUCACACUUUCUCCACUCGAUGGGGAGGAACUUUCCGUCAUUGCGUUAACUGUAGUGGCCACGGACAUUGACAGUGGUAAUCAACUUUCAUCAACGGUUACUGUAGCGGUGGUUGUAGAAAACCCUGGUAUUGCAGAAACUCUGAGAGUAGUCCGGCCCUUUCCGGGUUCAACAAUAAUAUUGCCCGUGAAAAAGAUCCCUACUCGACUUCUUAAAUCAGAGAGCCUCCGAGGUAUCAAUAUCCCUUUUGAGGCAUAUGACAGCGCCAAGAGCAAGAAGCUUGUUUUUACCGUUGACAGAAGAUGCAAUGGGUCAGAAUUCUUCAAGAUUGAUCAAAACCAAACGUCCAUUAUCAAACCCAUCCUUACCGAUGCAACCUUAAGCAAACUGAGUAGUAUUCCUUCCGGCAGUAGACUGGAGGUCAUUCUCAGGGUUACCGAUACCAAGGAACCCACCCGUACAGCAGAAUCUAGUUUCUUUGUCGAGUUCGACUGGGCUCCCAAAAUGUCAAGCCACACCUUGUGGCCUGCAGACGCGGCGGAUGCCGAAGCUGACGACCAAAAUGACAUCAGCGGAGAUGGUAGUUGGUUGAGCUCUACAGACAAUGUUCCUACUGGUAAUCAAGACGGUGGGAGACCGUUUAAACUUAGCCUAGGGAACAUUGUGGUGUUUCUGCUCAUUCUUGUGUUCAGUCUGGCAGUUGGAUUUGCACUCUUUGCUGCAAUUCUUUGGGCUCGAGCAAAACGCGCAACAUCUAACGCGGCCGUUACAGCAGUUGCUGUUAGAAGAAGUCAAUCCCCCAUCGUAGCAAACUCAAGUAGUGGCGGCAAAUUCAAGAGAUCCUCACACAAACAGAGCUCAAUUUGGCGACCAGGUGACACAAAUUCCAUCGUGGCUAGUGAGCGCCUUCAACUAACUUCCACGUGCACAGAACAGCCGUCCGAAGUGCAUUAUGCCAUCCUGACAUCGAAUGGUGGCACAGUUCUGGGAGAAUUAAGCAAGACCACUGAGGCAUCGGGCAGCUCCGGGGGGCCGGUUUUGGCAUAUUUUGAUUUAAUCGUUCCACCAACCACCGAAGACCAGAGAGCAGUUCAGCAAAACUUUCCUACCCUCAUCACUGCGGUUGGUGUGGCUUCAACAAAUCCUGAAAAUCCACCUUCGUCCACACCACCCGUGAACUGUUACUUGGUCAUGUAA